GAGAGAAUGUUGUGCGAGGCCAAGACAGCGCGUGAAAAUAUUCUACAGUUGCAGUUGUUGGAAGGAAAAAAGUUUAAGGAAACAAGAAAAUAUUUGCAAAAUUCAUGAGUUAAAGCGAAUUAAACUUCAAUGAAAUGAAGGCAAUUUUAUAAUUUCGAAAAGCAGUGUUUAAAAGUUGUGAGAAUUAGCAGGAAUCUUGUGUUAAAUGCGAGAUUAUGUUAUUACGCCAAGGAAUCGCAUAAAAUGUGACCCAAUUUGUUGUGUGUGCGUGUGUUGUGAAGGAAAUAUGAAGAUCAAUGCAAAAAUGGCCACCCCUAUAGAGGAGAAGGUUGACCAAAACUUAAAGAUCCGCACUGGUAUGGUAAAUGUCAGCGAUGGCAAAAGUAAACCAGAACCACUUAGACUGAAUUUAACUAUGGAACUGGUUACGUUGCAAAGGUUAGAGGUCGUUACACCAACAAAUCCUCACAAUGGACCACCAAUGGAAUCAAAGGAGCGCAUGGUGCAGAUUACGCGUCAAAAGCAGGGCGGCCUUGGUCUAAGCAUAAAAGGUGGUGCCGAGCAUAAAUUGCCCAUUUUAAUAUCGCGCAUCUACAARGAUCAAGCGGCGGAUAUUACAGGCCAACUAUUUGUUGGCGAUGCGAUAAUUAAGGUGAAUGGCGAAUACAUCACAGCCUGCCCGCACGAUGAUGCGGUGAAUAUAUUGCGUAAUGCCGGCGAUAUUGUUGUGCUGACGGUGAAGCAUUACCGUGCGGCGACGCCAUUCCUGCAAAAGCAACUUGCCAAGGAGACACCCGAUUCGGACAAUGAUGCAACAUGUGCUGAAUUAAAGGCUGACGAAGGCUACAAGUCCUCGGUAAAUAAUGGCACAAUAAGUCGCAGCUGUAGUCGCCCGAUGUCGAUUUGUUCGGAACCGGAAAAGAGAUGGGUGGAUGUGGUGGCAGUGCCGCUGAUGAUGGCCUACGUAACGCGCUAUAUCUACGGCACGGAUAAGUUACGCCCCAAUGCGUUUGAAGUACGCGGCCUUAAUGGCGCCUCGACUGGCAUAAUACACUGUGAUGAUUUGGCCAUUCUCAGUCAAUGGCUUAAAUUGAUAACCGAUAAUGUUGUUGGAUUGACACAUUUACAAAUGAAGCUUUAUAAUCGCAACUUUGCCGUAGGCGAGCGCAUAGAAUACAUGGGCUGGGUGAACGAGGGUGUUAUUAACAACAAUAUCUCCUGGCAAAGCUACAAACCACGUUUUCUAGUAUUAAAAGGCACUGAAGUGAUGCUUUUUGAGACACCACCGUUAAAUGUCGCCGGUUUGUCGAAGGCACUCGUGGCCUACAAAGUCUAUCAGACGAUGUUUCGUGUCGUGAAGGAAUCGGAAACGGUGGAUAGUCGUCAGCAUUGCUUUCUGUUGCAGAGUUCCGGCCAUGAGCCACGUUAUCUGAGCGUCGAGACACGGCAGGAGCUGCUGCGCAUCGAAAAUAGCUGGAAUGCGRCCAUAGUGACGAGCGUAAUUAAAUUGGGCCGCAAAACUUUCGCCGUCUCACAUCAUGGCAAGAGUGGCGGUCUAACUUUGGACUGGCAGUCGGGUUUUUCGCUGGCGGAAGGUGCCGACUCGGCCAUCGUUUGGCAAUAUAAAUUUUCACAACUGCGUGGUUCCAGCGAUGACGGCAAAUCAAAAUUAAAACUACAUUUUCAGGAUCAUGAAACGCGCGCAAUUGAAACAAAAGAACUGGAAUGUCAAGUGCUACAAAGUUUACUCUUUUGUAUGCAUGCCUUUUUGACCGCCAAAGUCGCCUCAGUUGAUCCGGCGUUUCUAAGUUCUAUACAACAAACCUAAAAUCGGCGCACUGAAAACAUAUAAACAAACAACGCGGAUGAAAUUCGUGGCGCCACUCAUAUUUAAAAAGCGAAAAUGAGCCACAAAUAUGGCAGAAGGAAAUUUAUUACUGUAUUGAACAAUUCAAACGGCAAGUAGGUACUUAAAAAAUUACAAACUAACUACAAAA